AUGCAUCGUCUUUUUGCUGAGCUGGAGCCAUCUUUAACCGUCACAGAGAAAAACCUAGCAGUCCGAGUUCGGUAUAUCUUGCGAUCAAAUAUAUUUGAUGUCGCCGAACUCGAACGGCUACGACGUGAGGCUGUUCCCUCAUCGGAUGAAAAUGCUACGGCUGAGGAUGCGGCGCCACAAAUUGUAGAGCAACUCGUAAAUGUGGAUGCCGCCGUGAAUACCCCAGUUGUGGUUGAUUCAAACGAUGAUGGAACAGUCGCCCAGGAACUGGAAUUAGAGCAUAUGAGGAGUACAUUGGAAGAGGCGAUUGUGGAAACGCGCAGUACGCCUCUCGAAAAUCGACCGCGACUUCCCCGCAUAGCCCUAAGCAAGCGGAAUCGGGCUGUCGUGAGGGCUCUGAACCCAAUGCUGGUGACCUAUUUGGAAGCCAGCCGGGACCUUUGCGAGACGGACUCAAUUCUUUUUGGCGCCGCGCUGGCAGUCUGCCGUAUCAUAGGCGCCAAGAUUUCCACGACUGGACGCGAUACUGGCCAAAGUAGCGCUAUCUCAGCAUGGGGAAGAAGAAUUGAGGAACGUAUCGCAAAGGCUAGAGCUCUCAUCGGCGAACUGAUAUGCUUCAGAUCAGGCAAUAACAGGCCAUGA